UCCGCAAACCACAGGGAUAUUUCCGCCUUCUUUGGAUAAGCUUUUAUCAUUACGGAAGGAAAGUUGCACUCGUCUGCAGCGCCAUAAAAACUAACGUGCCAACAACUCUCCUUUUCAUCGGGUAGAUUGUUAUUUUCUUUACCUAAAGGUUUGGUUUUGGUUCUGAUUGUGCGUCCUUAACGUCGGCGCGUAUCCAGGUUGCUUCGUUUAUUGCGCGCUCGUUCCUCACUGGUGCUGAAAUCUGAAAAUGAGUGGUCAGAGAAGAAAAACUUUCAAAACAACACUUCUGUUGGUGUGUCAACUUCUGUGGGUGCUGGGGAUGGUGGUGGGCUUGGGUGGAGUCUAUCUGCUGAUGAAAUACAAACAGAGCAGCUUAUUUUUUUCUCACAUCUACAUCAUCAUGCCAGCUAUCCUCGCUCUCGCCAGCGCUACUUUCCAAUUUGCCAGCGGGUGCCUUGGCUCGCGGCUGAGCUUCAGGGAUUCCACCUUUCUGCAGGGACUGUUCAUUUAUCUACUAGUUGUGGUCUUUUGUCUGGAAAGUACGGCUUCAGCUUUGGCUUAUUUCCACUCUACAAAGCUGGAUUCAGACAUAGCUUCCCUCAGUGGAGUGUUUCAGAAUUACACAGGCAACAACCAGGACCCCAACUCUCGAGCUGUGGAUGCUACACAAGAGAAGUUGCAGUGUUGUGGUGUCCAUGACUACAGGGACUGGCUUGAAACCUCCUGGUUUAACCAUACUGGAGGAGUUGUAGUUCCUCACAGCUGCUGCAACUCUACUUUCCCCUCCUGCAAUGGCACUUUGGACCAGCCAUGGAAGCUUUACACACAGGGCUGCCAGGUGAAGCUGGUGAUGACUUUACAGUUUGUGCUGAGUUUUAUCAUCUGGUGCUCCCCAGUGGUUUUUCUGGUGGAGGUUGUUCUGUUGCUGACGAUGGCACAACUGAUGAGGGACCAACCACCUAUGGAAUAUCGCAUACUGGGCAAAAACUAAAAACACCGUGACAGAUUGGACAACACUGUACUUUGCACAGAUACCAUAAUAUUACAUAGCAUGUCAGUGUGCAUCAAAUUAUUAUUGUGACUAUUGUUAGAAUGAUUGUUCCUGAGCUGCAGACACUCUUGUGACCUCUGACUUGUUCCACUACAGCUCCAUUCCCAGCUGUCCUAUCUUCCUCCUUUUCCUCCUGUAACCCAGCCCGGCCAUCGGCAGGAGGGUCCCCCAUAUGAGCCAGGUUUUGCUCAAGGUUUCUUCCUGUUAAAAGGGAGUUUUUUCUUGCCACUGUCAACUUAAGUGCUUGCUCUGGGUCUCUGUAAAGCGCUUUGAGACAAUUUUGAUUGUGGAAGACGCUAUAUAAAUAAAAUUGAAUUGAAUUGAACUUAAUACAGGUUUACUCCAGUACACUACAAAACAUCCAGCACAGAAGUGUUGAAAGAUAUAAUGCAGAUGUGUUGUCAGAUCUCCUGAUGAUGACUGUAUUUCUGUCUAUUAAUUAUCUGAAAGGAAAAAAAAAGUGGGACCAAUUGAUGAGACACAACUUUAUUGUUCAUUGUGGGUAAGUCACCCUCUGAGCUGUGUGUAUAAAGC